ACUCACCUCACCAUCAUGAUUGGUACGAAGAAAAGCAUGUUCUCGUUUUAUUUCUCGCGGAAAGAAAGGGGACGCUUUGCUUCUCGUCUGUUUGAUCGUUUUGAAAAGGAAUCGUAUAGCAAAACUAACUGAGCUUUCACCUCAAUAUUGACUUACGCUAGCGGAUAUGCUAUGUAGACUGACCGCACACAACGACCAAAUACCCCUCACCUCCGCCAACCUAACUCGCUUUCACUCUAGAGCGCCCCCUCAGAUAUCCGUCUACGAUUAUCUCCGGAGAAUUGUCAAAUAUACCUCAUUAGAGCGGGCCUGUCUUCUCGUCAUCCUAAUCUACAUCGAUCGUGUGUGCGAAAAAGUCAGGACCUUUACGAUUUCCUCGCUCACCGUCCACCGAUUUAUUAUCGCCUCUGUCACACUGGCGGCCAAGGCCGUCUGCGACUCUUACUGCACCAACUCUCACUAUGCAAAGGUUGGAGGAUUGUCCACCCAGGAACUCAACACACUCGAGGUCGAAUUUCUGGGACUAAUUGAAUGGCGCGUCGCUGUCGAGGGCACCGUGAUGCAGCGAUACUAUGUCAACCUAGUCAGGCAGCACUCACGGUUCGAGAUCGCAGAGACUGUACCACACUCCAUAUCAGCAUCGCAUCCCCAGGACGACGAAAACGAUCAUAUGAACAGUAGCUCACAAGAUUCAGAUGGAGAUCAAGUUGUAGUAGAACAUGACUACGAGGAGGGCUUACGAGAUCAAUGGAUUCCAAUGGGCGAAUAAAACUGUGCUCUUCAUUGG